UUAAAAAAUUAUUCUCAGUUCAGAAGACUCAAAUUCAUCACUGGAUAAAUUCCUCCCACAAUUGUUGUUAAUUUGUCUGUUCUCAGUGCUUAAAGGUGCAUUAGGUAAGAUUAGGUCUCUAACAGUUAGGUGUGUUUGACAUUUGAAUGAUUCCCACCCAUGUUCACAAAGCUACGCCCCCAGAACCUACAGUAGAAUCUAUACAAUGGUUGACAGGAAGAACAUCCAAACAAGUAUUAAAGACUAGAAUUCAGUUUUCCAAAUGGCUUAAUACACUUGUGCUAAGGCCAUGAUUAAUCUGUUUUGUUUUUUUGUUGUUGUUGUUUUUUUUUGUUUUUUUUUAAAUGUCCUAGAUAUCUUCCAGGUUUUUUGCACAAGUAAAGAAUUAAAUUUUUUUACUGCUGCCCCUUUAAGUAGGUGUUAUGUGCUGUUCCUGGUGUAAGUGAUGACUGUAACAGGUCAUACCUGUCUCUCUAAAACUCCUCUUAUUGAGGAAGCGCAGAAUCUGAGACGACUGCAGUCCUUCAUAAACAGCCUGCAGUGUUCUGCUCUUCUGAGAUUAGUUUUAUUCUCAGUUUAUGGAGAAAUCUGAGUCUCAUUUUCAGCACUGUGAAAGGAAGUGAUUUCUAACUGGACCUACUAAGUUAUCUGUUUGAAAAAAUCUGAAAUCAGGGUGUGAUUACUUUUUACCAAAAUGAAAGUGAAACUCUGAGCAUUGGGACUGGAGAGAACAACAACAGCAGAAUCAAAUGGCUUCUAAGUUUUCAGAGGAGGAUUUCUCCUGUCCUGUGUGCUGUGAAAUCUUCCAGGAUCCUGUUCUCUUGCACUGCAGUCACAGUGUGUGUAAAGUGUGUUUGCAGCAGUUCUGGGAGGCCAAAGAAUCCAGAGAAUGUCCUAUUUGUAGGAGGAAGUCGACUCUGCCUGAACCUACCACAAACCUGGCCUUAAAGAACCUGUGUGAGACUUUCUUACAGGAGAGAAGUCAGAGAUCUUCGUCAGGGUCUGAAACAGUCUGCAGUCUGCACAGUGAGAAACUCAAACUCUUCUGUCAGGACGAUCAACAGCUGGUGUGUGUGGUGUGUCAGACUUCAAGAAAACACACCAACCACAAAUUCUGCCCCAUUAAUGAGGCAGUAACAGACUGUAAGGAGGAGCUCAUAUCUGCUCUGAAGCCCUUACAGGAGAAAUUGAAGAUCUUUAAAGAUUGUAAACUGAACUGGAGUCAGACUGCAGAACAUAUAAAGAUUCAGGCCCAACACACAGAGUGGCAGAUUAAGGAGGAGUUUGAGAAGCUCCACCAGUUCCUUCGAGAUGAAGAGGCAGUCAGGAUCGCUGCACUGAGAGAGGAAGAGGAGCAGAAGAGUCAGAUGAUGAAGGAGAAGAUUGAGAAGCUGAGCAGAAACAUAUCGUAUCUUUCAGACACAAUCAGAGUCAUAGAAGAGGAGAUGAGAGCUGAAGACGUCUUGUUCUUACAAAACUCCAAGGCCACAGUGAAAAGAACUCAGUGCACACUGCAGCAUCCAGAGGAGCUUUCAGGAGCACUGAUCCAUGUGGCAAAACAUCUGGCCAACCUGAAGUUCAGAGUCUGGGAGAAGAUGCAGCACACUGUCCAAUACACACCUGUAUUUCUGGACCCCAACACUGUUCAUCCUAACCUCAUUGUAUCUGAUGAUCUGACCAGUGUGAGAUUCGGUGAUGAGAAACAGAAUCUUCCUGAUAAUCCAGAGAGAUUUGAUAAUAAAUGUUGCUGUAUCCUGGGCUCUGAGGGCUUUAACUCAGGGACACACUGCUGGGAUGUUGAAGUUGGACACUGUACAUUCUGGUUUGUGGGUGUGAUGACAGAAUCUGCUCAGAGGAAGGGGAUUGUAUUAUUCAGAAGUGGAAUCUGGUGUGUGGCAUAUAAUAAAGGUAAAUAUAGAGCAAUUUCUACACCAGAUCCAGAGACUCUCCUCUCAGUAGCACAGAAACUGCAGAAGAUCAGAGUGCAGCUGGACUGGAACAGAGGAAAAUUGUCAUUCUCCGACCCCCUCACUAACACACUCAUACACACUUUCACACACAGAUUUACUGACAAAUUACUGCCAUUCCUAUGCGUUUUUGGUAAAGAAUCUCCUCUAAAGCUCCUACCACUUCACUGCUCUGUAAGAGUAAAUCAGUUCAGUUAGAGCUGAUAUUGUUUUAUUCUAGUUCAUUAAUGAAAUAUUGCAGAUUAAAAGAUUCAUAUUCUUUGUGAAAGUUUGUUUUUACAGAAUCACUGAACAGUUCAUUGUGAAUAGCUUGAUGAAGUGCUAUGACGUUAUUUCGACUCGCCUUGUCAAUUAAACCAAAAUAAUGAGAAAACUGGAAAUAUUGAUGGAAUAUCUUGUUCCGAGUAUCAAAAUAAUAAGAUAAUAUCUCAAAAUAAUGAUAUAUUUAUGAAAUUAAAUAAAAUUAAAGUGAUUUUGAGUUAAAAUUAUGACCUACUCUGAUGAAAUGAAGAGUUAUUAAAUCAAAGUAAUGUGAUAUUACAUUCUAAUAACUACACAUCACUUUUUAUUUCAACUUUCAUUUCAGGGUUUCAACAUACAAAAAAAAACCACUGGAUGAAAUCAAAAUAAUAAGAGUGUGUUUAAAUGUAGACUUAAAUAGAUUAUUUAAUAUAUGUAUUUUAAAUCAUUUUAAA